AUGGGGGAGAAGGAAAUGUCGAGCGACACACUUGUUGCAAAUACGGAGCCUGCGCAUUCUGUGCCUGCAAGCAAUGUAAAAACGAAUGCUGCAGAUGCGACGCACACACGCUCUUCGCAGUUGCGCAACCAGCCCGUGAAGCGCUACGACGGCGAGCCAUUGACUCGCACCGAUGUACAGCACGCGGUCCUAUGCUACCUGUUUGCCGAUACGCGGCGUGUAUUUACAAAUCCACGCCCUGGGCCACGAGGGGCACCGACAGAGACGUUUGUGGUGGCCAACAACGAGGACUUGGAGCGGGCGCCAGAAAAAGCGCCGGCGGUGCUGACCGCCGGCGCUGCCGCCCUCUCGGGCACGUUCCCGACGCCGGUGUGGCCUUUCGGUCAGUCGCAUGGCUCUGCCCGACGGAGUAACGAGACGCAAGAUGAAUUUGAGGCGUGGAAGCAGCGUCGCACCGACUUUCUGCAAUGGCGCGACGCGAAUUAUCCCGCAUCGAUUACCCCCACCGGGGAGCUCCCAGCGCCACACAACGAUGCAUGGCAGCAUCCUGGCUCGGAAAAGCUCACAUUCAAGGAGCUCUAUAUUGAGGCACUUAUAAACAGCAGUAAAUGCACCAAGAGCAUGCGCGAGAAAUGUGUACUAGACGAGGAGUAUGCAGAGGACUUUUCCAAAGUCUGCCUGUUGGUCAAUGUUGGCCGGAUCAACACCACACUGGCAUUUUAUCCCGAGAUGAAGACAAUUUUACGCUCUUACCAUCCCGUGCCUUCGCUACAGAAAUCGGAAAAUACGCGCCGGAAUAUGCAGGAUGCACCGCGAAUGAAGUCGCUUUUGAAGGCGGUGUUGCUGCCGCACGAACGUCCUGGGCCGCCGGGUGGCGUCUCAACUGCAUCAGCUGCCGCAUGCCACGCAAACAGUCAAGACACGGAAGAGGUCCCGGCGGACCUCGCCGAGAUUGCGCGCCGUGCGCGCCGUGCGCCGCUUCCCCCGACCUCUGUCGUGACGCUAAUAUUCCUGCUUACGCAGCAAACACAAGAGGUUACUGCGCUGCACUUUCCCCAGCCUUACGAUAUUUAUUCUCUCUUUUUCCCGCAGUCCAGCCAGCCUGUCUCGGCAAAGCAACGGGCGGAUGCGUUCCUCUGGCUUUUGUACCACUACCUUGAAGGACCCGUGGCGCAUCCGCCCGGCACACCAGGCUGCGAGAAUCCGUUUGACGAUGCGUUUGCACGUGAGAGUGUAGCGGAUGCACGGCGUGCAUGGCUUGAGACGAGCGGGGAGCCGCUCACCGAUGAGCAUCCGCUUUGGCGUGGCGUUGCAAACCCCGACUAUGCGCGGUGGAAGGAGGAGAAUGAAGCUGAAGGCGUGCCGGACGGUGCAGAUGCCGCCAAACGCGGAAAGAAGGCCGGCGCAGAUGCGGAAGUGUUCAGCGAUGCAUCCAACGCGCCGAAAAUGUACACGCACAGGAUACUUGUUCCCGCAUUUACGCCCAUCACACCCGAGGCAGCUGCGCUGGAGGACGAAGACACCCGCGAAGAAAUUGAAUGGGGCAGGCAGAUGCAGGAAGAGCGUGCCGCGUUCCUUGUUCGAUUUCAGGAGGAGGAGCAGGCCAAAGUACUUGCGCAGAAUGGCAUGGAGGCUUUUGAUGUAGACCAGAAUAUGGAGGAUACCAAGUCCAAGAAACGCAUCCACCCCGGUACACAAAGCUGCUAUCCAUUGGCGAAUAUUCUUGCGAACGCUGCGGCGGCUGGGUCGCAUUCCGGCGCACUUGCGCGCUCUCCGAUUGGUUUUGUGAAGCGUGCGCGCCUUUCGUCGCGUCAGCUGCACAAGGAUUCGCGCGAGUCUUCUGUCGCUGCGACAGAGUCCGACUUGCCCGGCACAGAGCACUCGUCGGAGGCAAAGCGCACCUCGCUGUGGCACUUGCGUUUGGACGACGCGCGUACGCGUGGAGCAAAUUCCAUGCUGCAUGAUACAUGGUCGCAACUUCAAGCGCAAGGAGAAGAAUACGAUAGCGACAUUGCUGACUUCGAUGAUCCUCGGCAAGUCGCCCGCGCGUUGCGUGUUUUGCGCACCGUGCGAGAAAUGCGGAACGAUGUGGAGGCACGCAAGGAGCACCUUGCCUUUGAGUCGUAUCGCCUUGCAGAUUUUUCUGUAGAACAGCAUGUAUAUGCACUACCGAGUCAUGCAGCGCAAACUAGCACAGCCGCUUCCGCUGGCUACAAGGAGCUCAAAGCGCGGUCGCUACUGCGCGCGCUUGCGCUGGCACCUGAGACAGAAGGCGUCCCGCUCUGCGCGUAUGUAGACCAGGGUGGCUACGUGACAUUUGUCGAAGUUCUAACGCCUCCGCGGUUUACCAGAGCGUAUCGUGUUGCAAACGAUGCACCCUGUACGCUAGUAUGCCUCGAUCGGACGUCUUGGCUUGUAUGCGACGGCGCCAGCAUACAUAACGUGCAUCGCGCACCGAGUGGUGAGGUUGAGCGCAAGUGGAUACACUUUAUUCCCGAGUUAAAAGCCACUGAUCCGCUUGCGUGGUCGGUGCUCAACGCGGCCGUGCGUGACGGUGCACUUCAUAUCCUUGUCCAGCGUCCGUUCCGUACCACCCAAGUUGCGCCGGCGCACGCAGGGCUAGGCGCUAGUGGUGUGGAAGGUUCCUGUGGUAAGCAGUCCCACACUCUAUUUCAAGUCGCGCUUCUGCACUCCACGCCAGAAGCGCUGCAUACAAUUUGGCACGUCGUGGGCGAGGAACCGGUCCGCAUUGCGGAUCUGCAAACCACAACGCGUCUUGGCGCUGAGACGCCUUUUGCAGACGAGAUGCCAUUGCGGCCGCGUAUUUUGAGAAGCAUUGACGACUCACCCGAUGUACCGUACUCCUGGACGCAGACGGACGAUACAGUGACUGUAGCCUUUGCUCUUCCCCCCACGAUUGCCAAGCAAGCUAUUUGCGUCCACUUUUCACACAAAGGACUCAGCGUUCAAUUGACGCGCACUGACGAGCGAGCUACGGAUGCUGGCAGCGACAAACUCGGUAUUGCUGCGGUUUUGUGCACCGACGCAUUCCAGUCGCGUGCUCUGUGGGGCGAGAUCAAUGUAGCAGAGAGUGUGUGGACAUGGGAACACACACAAACACGCACCACCGGCCUUUUGCUUUUGCACAUGGCCAAGGCCCAUGCGUCAACGCGCUGGCCCUACGUGUUUGUCGGCGGCAUUGGCGACGACGUGGCGGAGACGAUGGACGCGGCGCAGCUCGAUACUGCGCAGCAAGGACUCGAAAAGUACACAAGCGAGGUGCAGCCGCCGUCGAUCUCGAGUGUUUUGCGGGACGAGUUGGAGGAAGAGGAUGCACUAGUAGGCGCAACUUUGUCCUUUACGUACGUCGCGCUGGACGGCACUGUAUCCUACACGAAAUGCGAGCCUGUAACUCUGCUCGCGAUUUGCGCACGUUCUACUCCAAACGUCCAGCGUGUUCUGAUCAAGCAUGGCGUGGACGGGCUCGUGUUCUGUGCGCCGAACGAGCCCAAAGGUGCGUGGACGCACACAGAAACCGUUUCUGCAAUUGGGUACGUGCUUGCGUCGAAGCGCGAUGCGCAUCCUAUCUACAUGAUUUGUACUCCUCAUGCGGAAACGACCACUGUGCUUGCCGUGGAGUCUCGGCGCGGCGGCACGCUCGGGAAUACAGUGUACAUGUACCGAGCCAGCGACACAAACAGUGCGUAUGGAGAGAGCUGUAUUUUUGCGUUGGGUGCUACAGAGCACGGCAGUACGAUUCCCACUGGGACUGCACUGGAUGUUGUCGCAAUCGAUGGAACGCACGAAUCUCUUAUUUUUUUGUGCGAUGCAGCUCUUGUCGUGGUGCGUGUAGCGCAGCUGUCUAUGUAUUAG